GAAAUGUUCAGAUGGUGGCAGAAGCUGGGAUAAUGACCAUAAAUCAUGUAUGCCUGGGAGAAUAGAAUAAUAAUAGAAUAGGCACUGGCAUUUUUUCUAUGUGACCAUGUAUUCGUCAUGCCCCCCCUUCCGUGGCCCCCUUAGCCGUCCUCUUCAUGCUCAACAACCCAGAGGCAGCAGUUGUUCUCAGGAGGGGGGGAGGUCUUGAUAUAAGGGAGCUGAACCUCUGGACCGCCGUAAUAUUACCGCGCAGUACGGCUGCUCACCCGCCAGUCGAACCCAACCCAACCACUUCACUUCCUUCUUCUCUUCUUCGUCCAACUUCCUCUUCUUCCUUCUUCCUCUUCUCUUCUUCUCAUCUUCAACGUCGAAAUUCGCCAACACUCACCUCGCCCCAUCUCACAUCUCGCCCACCCACAACUCUCCUCCCUCCAUUCCUCUCCCAUCCAAUUCUUUUCUAUUUCUGCUUUAUUUUCGUAGUCCCUUUUUUGCCAUCUCUUCAAUUUACAAUGGAGGAAGAAGUUGCUGCCCUCGUUAUCGACAAUGGAUCCGGUAUGUGCAAGGCCGGUUUCGCUGGCGAUGAUGCUCCCCGAGCUGUCUUCCCUUCGAUCGUCGGCCGUCCUCGCCAUCAUGGUAUUAUGAUUGGUAUGGGCCAGAAGGACUCCUAUGUUGGUGAUGAGGCACAAUCCAAGCGUGGUAUCCUCACCCUCAGAUACCCCAUCGAGCACGGUGUUGUCACGAACUGGGAUGAUAUGGAGAAGAUCUGGCAUCACACCUUCUACAACGAACUCCGUGUCGCUCCUGAAGAACACCCUGUUCUGUUGACCGAGGCUCCCAUCAAUCCCAAAUCCAACCGUGAGAAGAUGACCCAGAUCGUCUUCGAAACCUUCAACGCCCCUGCCUUCUACGUCUCCAUCCAGGCCGUCCUUUCUCUUUACGCUUCCGGUCGUACCACUGGUAUCGUUCUCGACUCCGGUGACGGUGUUACCCACGUCGUCCCCAUCUACGAGGGUUUCGCUCUUCCACACGCCAUUUCCCGUAUCGACAUGGCUGGCCGUGAUUUGACCAACUACCUUAUGAAGAUCUUGGCUGAGCGUGGCUACUCCUUCUCCACCACUGCGGAGCGUGAAAUCGUCCGUGAUAUCAAGGAGAAGCUCUGCUAUGUCGCCCUCGACUUCCAACAGGAGAUCCAGACUGCCUCCCAAUCAUCCAGCUUGGAGAAGUCUUACGAGCUCCCUGACGGUCAGGUCAUCACCAUUGGCAACGAGCGAUUCCGUGCCCCAGAGGCCCUCUUCCAACCGAGCGUCCUGGGUCUUGAGAGCGGCGGCAUCCACGCCACUACCUACAACGCCAUCAUGAAGUGCGACGUCGACGUCCGAAAGGAUCUCUACGGCAACAUCGUCAUGUCUGGCGGUACCACUAUGUACCCCGGUAUCUCCGACCGUAUGCAGAAGGAGAUCACCGCCCUCGCUCCCUCGUCGAUGAAGGUUAAGAUCAUCGCUCCUCCCGAGCGUAAAUACUCCGUCUGGAUCGGUGGUUCCAUCUUGGCGUCCCUCUCGACGUUCCAACAGAUGUGGAUCUCAAAGCAGGAGUACGACGAGUCUGGACCUUCCAUUGUCCACCGCAAGUGCUUCUAAGGUAUGGGGGUGUGUAUGUGCGUUUGUUUUAUUUAUUUUUUUUCAUUUUUGUUAUUAAAAUGAGAUGUUAGGUUUUCGUUGUUGUUGCAAGUUGUUGCAGCAGUUGUUUUUAGCUUUUAGGAAGAAGGGUAUCAAACAUCUUUUUUUCUUUUUAUUUUUACACAUCUUAAUUAAAAGGAAAAAAAGAAAAAGAAAAAAACUACGCAAAAACAAAAACUACUACAAGAAAACAAAAUUUAACCCGAUAGUUUUUCUUACUCUCCGUUAUUCUUCAUCCUACGUUCUAGUUUCCCCCCCUCCCCCUUUUCGAUCUCAACGACCCGGACAAUUGAUUGAUUGAUAGAGCAACCCCACCCCUCAACUCCCUCCUCCUGUAUCUCAAAAAAAAAAAAAAAAAAAAAAAAAAAAAAAAAAGGCAAGGAACCAACUAUUCCGCUAGCACGUGUACACGACAUACUCCGCCGAGAGAGAGAGAACUGGAGACAAAAUUUGCAUUUCCCUUGCCUCCCCUCUCCAUCGAAUCCCAUGUCGAAAGCCCGUGAGAAUUGGGGUCCUAUUGUUUGCUAGUUACGUCAACUUGUAUGUGUUGUUAGUUGAGUAUUGAGUUUUUUUUUUUUUUUUUUUUUUUUUUUUUUUUUUUUUUUUGGGCUGAAAAGAAUUGAAGUCCCGCUUGCUUGAUCGAUCUUCUUCACCUUGUGCGAGCUGAAUAUGUUGAUAGCGCCAUGGUAGUAGUAGCUGAAGCGGCAGGUUAUUGCGCAAGGGUAACAACUAGUGAGAGUAUUGGCGAUGUGAUGUAGGGAGUGAGUGAGGGUGAUUGGUGUCAUAGUCCUGGCUAAUAAAUGCGAGUCCCAUUUCCCUCCCUUUAUUUAUUAUUAUUAUUAUUAAAAUUGAAUUAGUUACAUGUUUAUAGAAGGCUAUCUGGAGUUGUAUCCUCCUUCUUUACAGUUGCUGGUUAAGUUACUGUGAGUCAAAGAUUGGCAACUGUUUUUCUUGUUCAUAUUCUGAUGAGGAUAAACGCAGGUAUUCCUCACGUCUCUCUUUCCAUUUGGGACAUUCUUAGUUAAGAAUCCUUGCCCCUGGGAUUCUCCCCCUUCUCCUCUCCCCAGACCUUUUGCCGCGAAUACCUCUCACUCAGCUUCUAUAAACUAUGGAUACACGGCCGAGUCUUCCCCACACCCUUUUCAUUCAAUUGAACAUGGUCAGUGUCCGGGAUUCAGUCAGAUAUCUCCCUCCACUUUAGAUAUCAACUUGGAUGUCCUGCCAUCCCAAAUCUGAGCUACGUUCCAUUCAAGCGGAACUCUUUACUCCCACAGAUACCCCCUCUGUAUCUCUGUUCUGAUAUCUUCUCAGACAUUCAUUCCCUUACAUCCCUCGAUUGAUCGCUGAAUUAUAGGUCUGUCUCUUCUUUACGCCCUGCACAUGGUCGUCAUAUGCCCAGAGAAGCGCAUAGUCAGCCUGCCACACAUCAUCUCCUGCUUCCAUAUCGCGAUGUCAAUUUCUCAUAUCUGCUUUCCCACAUGUGUAUGGUGAAAACCGUCAGUUCCCGGUCUGGACUACAACUGGUGGAUACUAGACACAUCGAUGUACAGUGACACAAGGAGAAAUCGGAAUGGUGAACAGCUAUCAGAAAACCCAUGAGUGUUCAACUUCCUCUCACAAAUUGAGCCGUCACCAACUGGUCUCUUGACUUUUCACCUUGGUUUCCACAAGGUGAAGAGAAUGGAGGCCGUGAUAUUUUUGAUCCAUUGUAUUGUCUAGGAAGGUUUUUGCGCAUUAUUUGAUAAACGGUAUUUGGUUUAUUAUAUGUUGGAGAAGGCCGGUACACCGGGAGGUUUAUUCAAGAGAAGACCGGGCUUGGAUGCAUGGGUUGACGGGUUAUGGCUUUGGACUUUGGAUACUGAUGAAGGAGAUACUUGAGAAGGAGCUGGGAUUUUGAUGAGCUUUUGUCGAUCUGGGUAUUUUAUAUAACUGCUUUCCGUGGGUAGAGGUCGAUAAGUAUCGCAAGUAAAAUCCAACUUUGCUAUUACUUCAUUAGUUCCCCCCCACCUUAUAUCCUAUACAGCAGAGGUAACGGGAUCAGAUUUGUAUAACACGGCAGCUAGAUCAAAACUUCAGCCAGCCUACUAUCCCCUUUAAUAGUGACAUUCGUAGAAGGGACUAGAGUGAAAUAGUCACAUCACUCAUAGCACCUGAUAUAGGACUUCCCCAUCCUCAUGUAAAAAUUCCUGCGCAUUGUGAGCUUCAACACUAUCCUCAGGAUGUCGCCUCUGAAGAUUAACCUAGGUUAUAAUUUUAGACAUAAUAUGAGAACCAACACAAUAAGGGCCUGCCUUCACUUCCAGGGGCGUUCCCAUUUACCACUUUUUUUUUCGAAAAAAGAGGGCAAAAAGAGGUGGUGCCAUAACUCAAG